AUGAAUUCUUCUCACGUGGAAGCAGAAACAGAGAAGCUAUGUUACGAAAAUGUCAAUGGAUCAUGCACUAAAGUCUCACGUGUUUUUUUCGAGCAGAUAUUCCUUUAUAUUGCAUUCACGUUUGGUAUAGUUGUCUGUGUCAGUGGAAAUCUGUUGGUGAUCAUCUCUGUUUUCUACUUCAAGCAGCUGCAUUCUCCCACUCACUUCCUGGUCAUGUCAUUAGCACUAGUAGAUUUUUUACUGGGAUUUGUAGUGAUUCCAUUUAGUGCUGUCAGAUUCAUUGAAUCUUGUUGGUAUUUUAGUGAUUAUUUCUGCAUACUUUACACAUGCAUUGAUAGCAUAUGUAGUUUGGCAUCUAUUUUUCAUCUUUGUUUUAUAUCUAUAGAUCGUUACAUUGCAGUUAGUGAUCCUUUAAUUUAUCCUGUCAAAUUUUCUGUACCAGCUGCUGGAUUCUUAAUAUUUCUCAGCUGGGUCUUGGCCAUCACUCCAACAUUAGUCAUAGUUUACCCAAGUACAAACAAUAAUGGACGGGAGGAAUUUGUUGCAGACCUCCCAUGCAAAGGUAGCUGUCAAAUAACAAUUAAAAGGCCACUGGUAAUCCUAAACUUGAUAAUGUUUGGUGUUCCACUAAUAGUAAUGCUGGUUAUGUACUCACACAUUUUUUUGAUUGUAAAGAAGCAAGCUAGGAUGAUAGAAAACACAGCUGGUAAAGGAGAAAGAGUAGAAACAUAUUAUAAUAGAGUAGCUAAAAGAGAAAAAAAGGCUGCAAAAACUUUAGGUGUAGCUGUUGGCGCAUUUACAACAUGUUGGUUACCUUUUUGUAUAGGUACAGUGACUGAUGUUAUAUUUAAUGUUUCUACACCACUAACUGCCUAUCAAUUUUUUUACUGGCUGGCUUAUUUUAAUUCAGCACUGAACCCUUUGAUCUAUGCUUUUUUUUAUCCUUGGUUUAGAGAAACAGCUAACCUUAUUUUAACCUGCAAAAUUUUUAUAGCUGAUUACACUGACACAAAUUUAUUUAAAGAAUGA